CUAUGGUUACUGGUUAGCUUGCUUUUGCGGCAUUUUUGUUGGGGGCCGGUCUAUUGUGUGAAAUUAUUUUGUGUAGUUUAUAACAUAAUCUUGGUGUGUUAUUGAGGUAAUUACAGUUUUGAUAUAAUCCAUGAUAUUUUAGUGUGAGCGAAACCACAAUGGAUAUAAACAAGGCGGAUUAUGAGGACGAUAAUAAGACUCUCGACAAGAAGCAGAUAGAGGCUGAAGAAAAAGAAGUAAUGCUCAAGGCUGAGGAAAUCGAGUCCGCGGAGACGAAAGGUGAUGACGGGCCCGUGAAGACGGCACUUUCUGGCGAUCUGACUGAGCAGGGCCGAGAAGUAAAACCCAAGUUUAUACCGAUAGGCGCCAUCAAAAUGCCUGGUUUCUUCACCAAGAACUCCGACAAAGAUAAGUCAAAGGAUGAAGAAUCAGCUAUUGAAAAAGAAACUGAAAAUGAAAAGGCAGAUGAGAGCUCUAAAGUAAAAGAGAAUAAAUUCCAAUUUCUGCAAAAGUUUACUAAAUUCUUGCAACAACCCGAAAGUGACAAUGAGGAAAAAGAACGUAAAAAAGGCCUAUUUAACAUUAGAUAUCCAAGAGUCUUCCAGAAACGUGGUAGUGCACCAAACAAUGCUGAUGCUACUCUUGCUUCCAUGGAAACUUUGGAUGACAAGCUUGACACACCCAAUGAUGGCAUGGAAACCGUGAAAUUGGAGCCUGUUGAAGUAGAAGAAGGUAAAGUGGCAACAAAGCUCCCAUUGAAAGAAAGGAUUCGCCAGAAGAAAUUUAUCAUAGAUGAUAUUGUUGUCGGCGGAAUUGUGAUUCUAGUCUUGGUAGCAGUUAUUGUGGGUAUAAUUAUUGGAGCGAAUGCUGGCCCACCAGCAGAACGUCCUCUACGCCUCGGCCGCUACAUCACGACUUUCACCAGCUGUGGACCUGUUGAGGGAAUUCUUGAUGAAGGAGUAUACAAGUUUUGGAGCAUUCCAUAUGCCCGCCCACCAACUGAAAGCAAUAGAUUUACCUAUGCUAAACCCUUGAACCUGUCAACAUGCUGGAAUGGAACCUAUGAUGCAAGGACAAAAGGCCCUCUCUGCUUACAGUUUUUGGAAAAUGCUACAAUUACUGGUGAUGAAGACUGCCUGACACUUGACGUUGUGACUCCUCAUGUAAGAUAUGACUCGCCGUUACCAGUUGUUGUCUUGAUUGGAGCUAAUACGUUAGCGGGAGGAAUAAGUCCCGCUCAACCUUCGGCGUUGUACUCUCGCACCAAAGAAGUCGUGUUCGUACGUCCGAAUUUCAGGUUAGGACCUUUUGGAUUUUUAUCCUUAGAUAUUUUAUCAAAAAGUAGGUACCCACAUACCUCAGGCAACUAUGGACUGAGUGAUUUACUGAUGGCAUUAAAAUGGGUUAAUUUGAAUAUAAAACAUUUUGGAGGGGAUCCACAAUCUGUAACUUUAUUGGGUCAUCGAGCGGGUGCUACAUUGACUGCCGCUUUAACUACAGUUGGUGCAGCUCACAAGCUAUACUCUCGAGUGUGGCUAUCAUCUUCCUCCGUCAUUUUCCCGGGUGAACCAUUAGAACAAUCUCAAAAAUUAAACAAGGGUUUUAAAGACAUGAUUAAAUGUAAUGACGCACAUUGUUUGCGUCAAACUUCUACAACUGAAGUACUAACCCCAGAUAUUUGGUUGGAAAAUUAUAUCGGAAAACUGCCUUCUAGUGAUGAAUCCAAGCAUUCCUUGUUAGUUUUAGAUGGAGAAAUACUUAGAGUCCAUGCUUAUGAGAGUUGGGAUGUUCAAAAAGAGAGUAAGAAGGACAAAGUUUUUAAACCAAUGGUGUUUGGUACAACUCAACAUUCUAGUCACUCAGAUCUCCUAAAGAAAAAGUAUUUAAAUUGGACAGCUGAUAUUGUUGAAAAAAUUGUUAAUGAUAGUGUGAUCGGCGAAAAGAACUUGACUUCCUCGGUAUUUACUCAUGUCAAUAAAACUUAUGAAGGUCUGAUAGAAUUGAUUUCAGCCAUCCGAACACUGUGUCCUUUGGUAAGUCUCGCUAGACUACGUCUUGCAGUUCCAAUGUAUGUAGUGCUCGGAUCUGGCGCUGGCGGAGGCGCCGGCGGAUCAGGUAUCGCUGGUAUAAAUGCUGACAUAGAAGCCAUUCUUGGCACUUUUGACUCGGAAAUGCCGGAACAGCGUCGAUUCAUGGCAGCAAUGCAGCAGCUAUUUUACUAUUACGUAUGGCAUGGUCACUUGCCAGGCCCUGAAAGUGGUUUAAUCCAAGUAGGUCAAGAUUUACUCCCUCUUAGUGGCUUGCCUCUUUGUGACUUACUGAUUCGGGAAGACAUUGUACCUCGGUACGCACAUAUUGACUAAUCUUUUAUACGAUCCCGUAAUUAAUUCCUAAGAUUUUGUUAUGAAUUUAUAUAUCACACUAUACUUGCCCCACUAUUCUGUAAACAUUUAAUUUAUAUUGUGUAUGUGUCAUAGGUAAUUACGAAUAGAUAGUAAUGUGUACUCAAAAUCAGGACAGUUCGAAUAGUAUUUUGUAAGAUUUGUAUUGCUUAUUUAUGAAAAUCCUAAAGUACAAAAUGUCUAAAAUAUUUCGUUAACCUUGGAACUUUUUAAUCUCUUCAUAUAACAAUAUGGUAUAUAACAGUGGUUUAGACGAUAGAUUUAUAAUUAAGGAUAACAUUUUGUGAGACUGAUGGAACACUGAUCUCAUUUGAUCAAGAAGUCUCUUUUUUCUACUCAUUUUAGUGAUGUAUUAAAAUUAUCUCAGUUACCUUUAUUUUUAGACAUUUUUUUUUCUACUUUUAUAUGAAAAAUGAAUGUUUUAUAAAUGUAUUUAUAUAGAAAUAAAAAAGGCCAUUGAUCUUGAGGCUUUAUAGUACCUACGAGAAAAUCAUAUGCAAUUAUCAGACUACAAUUUAACUAAGUUAAGCUUUAAAAUGACCUUCUGAGACUUCAAAGACUGACCUAUCGCCCCACCAUACAUACUUCCAAAUUCACAUGAUUAGUAUCGCUAGUUUUAUAAUCAUUAUUUUGAUAUUGGACUUAUAUUGAUUGAAGAAAUAAUUCCAUUGAAAAAUCACCAAAGAUGUGUUACUAUUAAACACUUGCCCUUUAGAAUAGAAUUCUCAAGAUCAAUGCCCUAGUUGUAUCUGCUAAGGUUAAUUAUUGUAUUAUGCUGCCGAAGUGAGAAUAGACGUAGGUUUUGUGUGUGAAAUAAUAUUAAUUGUACGCUUUUAUAUGUAUAGUAAGUAAUAUUACUAGACUGUAGCCAAUCGCAUCACAUUGUGUCCAACCUUCAGUAUUGAGCUUCUUUAUUAUGCUUAAAUAAUAAUGUUCGUUGUUUUUUUUUACUAUAGAUAUAAGAGACAGCCAUCACUUAAUGUAUACAGGUUUUUUUACUUACCAAAGACCGAGGGGACGAAUAUAAUGGUUGUGGACAACAUAGACUCGUGCAUUGUGAAACUAAUCAACCUAAACUGCCAUGUCGAUAUAUUUUAACAAUAGUACCUUCAUUUUAAUUUAAAAUUCUGAAUUUAAAACUUAGUAAGUACUUAUUUAUAUCGUCUCAAAAUAAUUGUGAUUUUACAAAGUCUGAUGAAUCCAAAGAAACGUUGAACAAUUAUCACCAAUUUUUGCUAUAUUGAUAAGUUAUUUAUAUGUUAUAUGAUUGUAUUACGCAUGAAUUUUAAUCGAUUUAAUGUUGCGUAUAUUGCCAAAAUGCCGCAUGAAAUUAAGUUAUUAUUGCACUCGCGCUAACUGUAGCUAUGACUUUGUGUAAUUUUGUAAAUUGAUACAAAUAAAUUGGUGUAAGACUGAAA